AUGAGCGACGAGGACGAAACUUUAAAUUUUUCUGCUGCUAGAUUGGCUCAAAAUGAUGACAUCAAACCUUCGUCGAUAGGUGAGGAUCGGAUGGCCAGUCUACGGUCUAUCUUCCACAACCAGAUGCUCUUCCCUUCACCUUUACUAGCAUCAGGAAUGAUGACGCCUCACUUGGCUGCAGCUCUUGCUUUUUCCAUGAAUCAGCAACGAAUGAAUCAGAGCUCAUCACCACCUUUCGAUCCAACCACUAUUUCUGUGAAUUCGUUUCCGGCGCGAUCAGCAAACAGCCAAACCUCUUCUGAAUCUCCUCCAAUGGCAUCAUCCCCGACACUCAGCUGUGCUGUUUGUGGCGAUGUAAGCAGCGGCAAGCACUAUGGCAUCCUCGCUUGCAAUGGUUGUUCAGGGUUCUUCAAACGUUCAGUUCGACGACGGUUAAUAUACAGGUGUCAAGCUGGUACUGGCUCUUGUGUAGUCGACAAAGCGCAUAGAAAUCAGUGCCAAGUAUGCUGUCUCAAGAAGUUCUUCCUCGAUGUGGUUUGGCUCUUUCUGACUACUUCAGGUGGAAUAUCUCGUCUCAUAAUCAAAAGAGAGAAGAGUUCAGUUUCCCUAUUGGCAUCUCCAGCAUGA